GAAUGCACAGCUGCGAAUGUACUACACGAGCGAAGGCGACGACGGCGAUUGUAAUGUAAUGGUUGGGAUGGGCAGAGCGUAAGUCGUCCAAGUCGCCCGAAGCUGUCAAGCUGCUUCACGCGGUCGUAAUCCAGCUCCUCCGUCCGCUUUAGUUUUUCUCGACAAACGGCGACCGAUUUUGCGGAAGAUCGCCCACCUAUCAUCAUGAGCGACCAAGAAUUUAACCCGUGCGAGUGCAUAUGGUCCGAAAUGGCCGUGGGACAACUGAUUCGUAUCUUACGACAAUCUCAAGAUUAUUGUUCGGAAACUGAGUGCUUCAGCGUGUGGCCGGAAAUGAAUGAUGAAUCUUCAGACUUCCUCACUACUUUCUUAAUUAUUGGUGUAAUCGCUGUCCUGUAUGCAUUUAGACCGAGAUCUUUGCGAAACUCGACCAAGAAUAUCAUCAAUAGCAGUAAUAAGCCCGGUUCACACGGAGACGAUCCGCCUUCGCCGACAGUGAAUUAAAUGGUGCAACAUCAUCAAAGUUGUGUUGUUCAAUAUUUUAUGUAUCAUGAUCUGCGCUAAAUUUAUAACAGGAAGGAGACGGUAUGGAUUAUAGAUACGAUAUUAAUAAAUUGAAUAUACGCGUUGGCUAGAUAUAUCAGUUUGAUUUUUGGAGACGUAACUUCUUUACACGUUGAUAGUCUCAAUUUUAUGCGAUGUAUAAAUCUUUCUCUUUAAGCUCUUUCUCUAAUAAUCUUAUGCCUAGAUUAUAUAUAUACAGGGUGUUUGAGAAGUAAUGAAAAAUUUUAUCGCAUAGAGGGGGUAGAAUGGAUUAAACUGAGAAGUCCUCUACCAUUUUACAAUUUUUGCAAUAGUUAACGAGAUAUUAAUUUAUAAAAAUAUCCAAAUU